CACUGAUAUCAUCUCUUACUAGCUGUCAUUUUCACGUAUGGCAAAAAAUCAUCAUUUACAAAUUUUUAUUUAUAAAUCCAUUAAGCUUCAUAUAAUUAUACUCACAACCAACAAAAAAAAUCAUCAAUCAUCCACACAAUGAACAAGAAAGUUGAGCUCGUCUUUAUUCCUACACCAGGCGUCGGCCACCUGGUCUCCACCGUGGAGCUAGCCAAGCUCCUCGUCCACCGCCACCAAGACCUCUCCAUCACCGUCCUCAUAAUGACACUACCUUCUGACACCAAAGUCAAUGCCUACCUCGACUCACUGUCUGCACCCAGCCGUAUCAACUUCGUUCAUCUUCCCAACGAUCACGUUUCACUUCCAGGAUCCAACCCCAGAAAAUUCUUCCCUUCAUUUAUUGAAUCUCAUAAACCCCACGUCAAACAAACUGCCUCUAAGCUUCUUCACUCCCAGUCAGCCUCCGAUGACUCACCCAGACUCGCCGGGUUCGUUCUCGAUAUGUUUUGUACAUACAUGAUCGAUGUUGCUGAUGAGCUUGGACUUCCUAGUUAUAUCUUCUUCACGUCGAGUGCAGCGUCUCUCGGUUUGACGUUUCACGCGCAGUCUCUUUAUGAUGAGCUCAACAAACACACCGCUGAGUUGAAAGACUCGGACACUGAGUUGAAAGACUCGGACACUGAGUUGAAAAUUCCGACCCUGGUUAACCCAAUUCCUGCUAAGAUUAUGCCUUCUCUGUACUGGGAGAAAGAUUGGUCUAUGAUUUUGUUAGAGCAAUCGAGGAGGUUCCGAAGGGUUAAGGGUGUUGUUGUAAAUUCGUUUGCAGAGCUGGAAUGUUAUGCAAUCAAGUCCAUUUAUAAUGGUGAUACCAACAUCCCGCCCGUUUAUCCUGUGGGGCCCAUUUUGAAUCUUCAGGGUGAUGGCAUUGAUCACGGGUCAGGUGGGUACACGACAAAAUUAGAGAUCAUGGAGUGGCUUGAUGAUCAACCACCAUCAUCGGUUGUGUUCCUAUGCUUUGGGAGCAUGGGAAGCUUCAAUGAGGAUCAGGUGAAAGAGAUUGCUUGUGCGCUCGAGCAGAGUGGGCAUCGGUUCUUAUGGUCUCUACGUCAACCUCCACCAAAGGGUCAGUUCGCCACACCGAGUGACUACACUAAUCCAACGGACGUGCUACCGAAAGGAUUUCUCGAUCGAACGGUCAAGAUUGGAAAAGUAAUCGGAUGGGCCCCACAAGUGUCAAUCUUAGCCCACAAAGCGAUCGGAGGGUUCGUAUCACACUGCGGGUGGAAUUCAACGCUAGAGAGCGUAUGGUUCGACGUUCCAAUUGCCACAUGGCCGAUAGGCGCCGAGCAACAAUUGAAUGCCUUUGAAAUGGUGAUUGAGUUGGGAUUAGCGGUUGAAAUAAAAAUGGAUUACAGGAAGGAUUACUCAGGAGAGAAUCAAAUGAUUGUGAGCGCUGGGGAGAUAGAGAGAGGGAUCAGGAAAUUGAUGGAGAAUGAUAAUAAGACAAGGAAUAAACUGAAGGAGAUGAACGAAAAGAGUAGAAAAGCCAUGAUGGAAGGUGGAUCUUCAUUCGCUUCAUUGGGUUGCUUCAUGGAUGAUGUGAUUAGCAAUUUGGAUGUUCACAAGAAUUGAUUCAUUCAAAAACUUGUAAUUUCAUUUUCCCUUUUUGUGAUAAUCAGUUACAUGGAUUGCGGAACUCAGAAAGACCAUGUUUACUGUAUAGCACAUCAUCAUCUAUAACCAUUAUAACCUUAUGAAUAAUGGCCUUAUGUGAUAAAUGUAUAAUCCUGUAAAGGGUUGUUCUGUGAUGUUGGUGAUGGUGGUAGUAUAGUGAUUCGUGGUGUUGAAUAUGCUUUUAAGCACUAAUUGUUAAUAUGUGCUUUUGUAUUGU